AUGAAAACCAGAGAACCCUAUAUGGAAGAUGACGUGACGUAUAAAACUCAUUUUUCACUUGAUCAAAAUCUGCUUAAAAUCCCUCUCACGACCGAUGCGCCAAUUCAAGCCCCUGGUGCUGUCAACACGCCGAAGUUUUCUCUGAGGAAGCUGUCUAUGGAACCGUAUUAUAAAACAUCAAGCCGUCGGAAUACAAUAACAUCGAGUCGCUCUUCUUACGUGAUGAUGUCUGAUGUUUUUGACUACCACUAUCUUGAUCAGAUCGAUGCAGAAGAUUACGAAAAUGCAAUCGUCACCGAUAGCGACACCGACUAUGAUGAAGAGGAAGAUGGUGAUUUUCAAGUGCGGCAUCAUAGAAAAUCAAGAACCUGGUCAGAUGAAUGCAGCUCUGACUCGGAGUUGGAAGACUAUAAGGUUCAUUUUCUUAUGUUUAAGGUCACAUCUCGGGCGCAAUAUUCGGUUCCGCCUCGGUCUUCAUCUUUGACCGCAUCAGAUCAAUAUGAAGACGUUCCUAUGAAAGGCGCAGACUACAGUCUCAUUCCCACAGUAAAUCAUCCCAGAUUUUCGUCGCCUCUUUUCCAUGGACCACUGUGUCCCAUUGACUUUUUAGACGAUCCUUUGGAGAAGGUUCUUUCAACUUAUUCUCUUCAAUGUAACAACCCAUUGAAUAUCAUUGGAAAACAUGAGCGUGAGGUGACUGAAGUGCUGAAAGCGCCGCUCGCUAAUGCCAGAAAUGUUAGUGACAGCUACGAUGGUGCGGCGGUCAAGAAUGGAAUCGUUUCUGAUGUGUAUGAUACCGAGAGGAUUGAAUACUUGUUUUAG